GCUAGAAGGAAUAAAACAAUUACUUCAUUAGUUUCUUUCACAAGUGUUUGCUCUCUAUUGUCUUUUUCUUGGAUUUUGAAAAUCAAAUCAAAAUCACAAUGUAUUGGGUGGCAAAAGCAUCAGAAUACCUUGUGAUAACCGGAGUCGGAGUCAAAGACAUAAAACUCGCAAAAAAAGCAUGGGUUCUCCCCGGUCAAUCCUGCACCAUUUUCGACCUCUCACCGGUAAACUACACCUUCGAAGUUCAAGCAAUGAGUGCCGAAAAACUCCCUUUCGUUCUCCCUGCCGUUUUCACAAUCGGUCCUCGUGUUGAUGAUCACGAAAGUCUCCUCAAAUACGCCAAAUUAAUCACACCACAUGAUAAACUCUCCCAUCAUGUUAAAGAACUUGUUCAAGGAAUUAUUGAAGGCGAGACACGUGUCCUCGCUGCUUCGAUGACGAUGGAAGAGGUUUUCAAAGGAACAAAAGAGUUUAAACAAGAAGUAUUCGGAAAAGUUCAACUCGAACUAAACCAAUUCGGUUUAUUGAUUUACAAUGCAAAUGUUAAACAAUUGGUUGAUGUUCCAGGUCACGAGUAUUUCUCAUAUUUGGGACAAAAGACACAAAUGGAAGCAGCGAAUCAAGCUAGAGUUGAUGUGGCAGAAGCUAGGAUGAAAGGUGAAAUUGGUUCAAAAUUGAGGGAAGGACAAACACUGCAAAACGCAGCGAAAAUUGAUGCAGAGACGAAGGUUAUUGCGAUGCAGAGGGCUGGAGAGGGUGAUAAGGAGGGAAUUAAAGUGAGGACUGCAGUGAAAGUUUUUGAAAAUCAGAGAGAAGCUGAAGUGGCUGAGGCUAAUUCUGAGUUGGCUAAGAAGAAAGCGGCUUGGACUAAAGCGGCUCAAGUGGCUGAAGUUGAGGCUACUAAAGCCGUGGCUCUUAGAGAAGCCGAGUUGCAAGGUGAGGUUGAGAGGAUGAAUGCUUUGACUACUACUGAGAAGCUUAAAGCUGAGUUUCUUAGCAAAGCUAGUGUUGAAUAUGAAACCAAGGUACAAGAAGCAAAUUGGGACCUAUACAAGAAACAAAAGGAUGCAGAAGCAAUUCUGUAUGAGAAGAAGGCAGAGGCAGAAGCACAGAUAGCAUUGGCAGAUGCAACAUUUUAUGCUCGUAAACAAGCUGCUGAAGCAGAAUUAUAUGCAAAGACAAAAGAGGCAGAGGGGAUUGUGACACUUGGAAAUGCUCAAGGAGUGUAUGUAAGUACAAUUCUCAAAGCACUUGGAGGAAACUAUUAUGCUCUAAGAGACUAUUUGAUGAUAAAUGGUGGCAUGUAUCAAGAAAUUGCCAAGAUUAAUGCUGAAGCAAUACGCGGACUUGAGCCUAAGAUUAGUAUUUGGAGUAAUGGUGGUGAUAGUGGUGGUGGAAUAACUGAAGGGGGUAUGAAAGAAGUUGCUGGUGUGUACAAGAUGUUACCACCUCUGUUUAAGACUGUCCAUGAACAAACUGGCAUGUUGCCUCCUGCUUGGAUGGGAACCUUAUCCGACAAAAAUUCUAAUUAGGAGUAUGCAAAGUUUCAGAAAAUAAAGGAGGAUGCAUGUAUAUGUGAAGUAAAAGUUGGUUAAAAAUUUGUUGUGGAUACCCCAAAUUAUCAAGGAAUAGUGUAAACUUCGCCUAUGUUUAUACUA